GCGCGUCCGUGGCUCCUUUUGGGCUACAAUGGCGACCUCCUUCAGCCGGUCUCCGAGCACGAGUCUCAGAAUGGGGGCAAUACACCAGACGAGUUCCCACGUUCUUUGCCUUUCUACCCGCCCCGGGAGGAGCCCACGCUGCGCCUGUCAAAGUCACGGACUCAGGAAUGGGACGAAAAGGGGAAGGGGAAGGGGGUAAUGAGACAGACAGAGGAAACAAGAGGGAGACUGGCAAGAUUCAGAGAGAUGGAGAGAGAAAGAGAGCCCGCUGAGCGAGCGAGGAGAGCGCGUGAGAGCCGGCUUCCCUCGCCCGUUUCGCCGCGGCGCCGCUUCUGGCUGUCUUCUGCGCGCUUUGGUGCUCUUGUGCUUGGCAUCUGUAUCACCCCUCGAGUCUGUGACCCCGUUUGGGCCAAGGAGGAGUUGGGACUAUCCUGGGAAACAGAUGAAUGGGACACCGCCGACCCCCGGGAGAAAACAGGGCCGUGA